CUCUUAUUUUUUCUUUUCUUCUUCCUCUCUCUGAUUCUUCCUCUUCAUACCCAUCCUCUUUCUGUUUUCAUUUGUUAAUGGUUGGUGGUGGUUCGAUUGGGUGGUGAUAGUGGUUCAACUGGGUUUGUGGCAGUUAUGGUUCGACUGCUUUGGUGGUGAUCGUGCUUUGGAGGUGCCGGUGCGGCAAACUAGACGAUGGGUCUGGAUCGGUGGAGAUGGGUUUCCACAGUGGUGCUCCUCAGUUGAAUUUUUUUUUCUUGGUUUGGUGUGCUUGAUAAGUAAAUCAAGAUCUCAGAUAUUUUAGAAGAAGAAUAGCUAUGGAGAAUUUCAAAGACAAGAAUCGAUGUUGAUUGGUGAAAGAGAGAUGGAAAAAAUGAAUUAUCGUAUGGACUGAAAACGAAAACGUUGAAAACGAAAACAACAUAUUUUCGUUUUCAAAUUUUGUUCAUGAAUUGGAUUUGUUUUUGGAAAACAUUUUUAGGGAAAACAAAAACGUUCCACCGAACAGAUAUUUUCCAGAAAACAGGAAAUGAAAACAGAAAACAGGCAGUGAAAACGAUACCGAACGCCACCUAAUUAGUCCAAAUAACCGGCGACUUUUAAUUGAGGGAGGAUGACGUAUCCCACCGCCCUAUAUGGCAGUACUAUAGUGUGGAUCAGACACACCAUCGUGGCAUUUUCGUAAAAGAUUGACGACCAAAUGGCUAUUUAAUUGAGGCUCGUUUCCAACGAGCAAAGUAAAGAGUAGGCUGAAGAGACGACCAAAACUAGCUUUGCUUUCUCCAACUUGAGGACGGCAUUUUCGUUCCUUAAACUCUACACGGAGUUGAGAGUUCCGUCCUGAAUUUCAAAGGUCUGCUCCAUUCCAACUCUGCAAAAUUAUCGAAGAUUGGGAACUGUAUUCAAGUGCAGGACGAGGAAAUGGGAUCAGAAGGACCGAAGAGUGUUGUUAUUCAUGUGAGUGGAUUCAAGAAGUUCCAAGGCGUUGCUGAGAAUCCCACAGAGACUAUAGUUAAGAAUCUAAAAUGCUUUGUUGAGAAGAAAGGGUUGCCUGCUGGUCUUACUCUUGGCAGCUGCACUGUUCUUGAGACCGCCGGAGAUGGCGCACUUCCUGCUCUUUACAAGACCAUGGAUUCCGGCGUUUCAACAAUUGAUUCUACCACCAAUGAACAAGUCGUAUGGCUUCACUUGGGGGUGAAUAGUGGGGCUCUGAAAUUUGCUAUUGAGCGGCAAGCGAUAAAUGAAGCCACUUUCCGUUGUCCAGAUGAGUUUGGAUGGCAACCUCAGCAACUGCCAAUAAUCACCGAGGAUGGAGGAACUUCUAGAGCAAGAGAGACUUCUUGCUCGAUGGAGGCAAUCCAUAAGAUCUUGAAGAAGAAAGGAUAUGAUGUGGCAAUAUCAGAUGAUGCAGGGCGUUUCGUGUGCAAUUAUGUCUACUAUCAUUCCCUUCAUUUCGCUGAAGAAAAGGGUCACAAAUCUCUUUUUGUCCAUGUUCCUCUCUUUUCAAGAAUUGACGAAGAAACUCAGAUGCGCUUUGUGGCCUCCCUUUUGGAGGCUAUUGCAGCAACAUGUUAAUGUUAAUGAUCUGAAUGCUUCUAUUUGCGUUUUCUUGCCAUCUGCUGCUAAAUGUAAAUCAAGGGUGUUAAUAUCAUUACAAUAGUAAAAUAAUCUAUAUGAAAGUCUAUUGCUGUUUGCUUUUUCGGUGAGGGAAAUUGCUGUCCUCUUGUCCAGGAAUGUCAUUAUAUAUGUAAAAAUUUCAGCUCUAUCGUGUGAUGGUGUA